AUGUCCGUCAAGAAUCCGCAGCACAUGCCGCCAAAAUGCUGCACCGACGCCCACAUCCCUCUCAAGCACGUCGACAAGCUGUUCGACACCAAGUUCAAGAUCCUAUGGAAUCGCAAAUUCCAAGAGUACCACACCAAAAACCGCAUCUACUGCCCGGCGCCUAGGUGCGGGGAGUGGAUCAAGCCAUCACACAUCCACACACAUCAAGGCCGCAAGUACGCUCUUUGUCCUCGCUGCAAGACGAAAGUGUGCACGACGUGCAAUCACAAGGCCCACAAGUCCAGCGAGUGCCCCCAAGACCCGGAAAUUGCCAAGCUGGUGGAGCAAGCAAAGGAAGAGGGAUGGCAGCGCUGCUACAAAUGUAAGGCAUUUGUCGAGAGAGGUGAGGGCUGUAACCACAUGACCUGCAGAUGUACGGCGGAAUUUUGCAUCGUGUGUGGGUUGAAGUGGAAGACGUGCGAUUGUCCGUGGUUCAACUACCCCGAUGCGGUGGCGGAUGGUGAUCGCUUGAACCACAUGCGGGUGCCCGAGCCCGUCCAGGUGUUGUACAGGCAAGUUUUCGGAGGCGCUGCUCGCCCAGUUGACCAUGAAAGGCGGAGGCAGGAGCGCGCGGACGCCGACCUUGCGAGACGGCUGCAAAUGGCUUCACUUUUGGGGAGUGAAGACGACGCAGGUGCAGACGAUCCGGCUGCGGGACUUUGGGGCGUGGGCAAUGCUGCCGGCCACUUCAUGAAUGACGACUUUGUCCUCGAUGCCACGAAUGUACGCAUGAGCGCUUACGGAGACACGAGUCUGGGGCGCAGGGGAGAGCGUCAAUCCGGUCGGAGGAGGCGAGCAAUGCCAAAUGAGCAGGUUGAUGCCGAACCUGGUCUUGCGCCGGACUUCCUGGGCGACCAGAGUGUGCUCGGAGGUGUGCCGGGAACCAGACGUCGCCGGACUCGCCCAUAG